AUUUUAUUGAAAACUAAAGAAAGAUUUGCAUAUGCACAUGCAGUUAGUAUUUCAAGUUUUGAAACAUUGAAACAUAAACCCAAGAGGAAACACCGUGCGUUCUUAAACGUGCAAUGGACUUUGCAUAAAUGGAGUCGUGGGGCGGCUUUUAUUUUAAGCUGCUGCGAAUCUCGAUAACUCUCUUGACCCAUGAGAAACACCCCCACCCCCAACCGCCUUUUUUUUAAUUUGUUUGUUUUAAUUUGCUAGACCAAAAAAGGUGUUGAUGGUUAUGGUGUUAAUGUUGGAGCCAUUCUUUGCUCCAUCUUGAGGCAACUUGAUUUUUUUUAAAGGCCAUAAAGUAAUCCCAUUUCUUCAUCAAUAAUUUAGUCUUCAUUUCUAAAUUUUAUUGCAUUGCAAUGAAUGCUCUUUAUUGUUUAAUCUUGGCCUUUUCUUGUUUAUCGCUUGGGUAAUGUCUGGGCACAUUGGUUGAGAGCAGCAGAUUCUGAUAGGUCCAUGGAGCAGAGAAGAGCAGCUACAGAGUUUGAAGUGUAAAUUUUUUAACUGUUCUAUCUGUUAUACUCAAAAUCAAAAUGGCGGUGGCUAAUUUACAAGGAUUCAUUUCAAUGUCUUCUCGGAUGCAACCAACUCGCCAUGACAUGUUUCCUUCAUCCCCAUUUGUUGGACAAAAAGGAGGCAUUGGGUAUUCAUAUAGUUCUGUUUCUGGUGUUCAAUUAGGAAAGAUCAACUUCCCUAGGAAAAUGCAUGCUACUACCAGACGCUUCUUGACUACUUCUGUCCUUGCUGAUGUUACUAAAGAUUUCAUGAAUUUCCAAGCACCAAUGCUUGAAAAACCAGAAGCAGACCCAAAGAAUGUUGCCUCUAUUAUAUUAGGCGGUGGAGCGGGAACAAGACUUUUUCCUCUUACUAAUAGAAGGGCUAAACCAGCUGUGCCAAUAGGAGGAUGUUAUAGAUUGAUUGAUGUCCCAAUGAGCAAUUGCAUCAACAGUGGCAUUAACAAAAUAUACAUCCUCACACAGUUCAAUUCUCAAUCUCUCAACCGUCACAUUGCUAGAACAUAUAAUUCUGGGAAUGGUGUAAACUUUGGUGAAGGGUUUGUUGAGGUAUUAGCAGCUACUCAAACACCUGGCGAAUCUGGAAAGAAGUGGUUUCAGGGUACAGCAGAUGCUGUUAGACAAUUUAUCUGGUUGUUUGAGGAUGCAAAGCACAGACACAUUGAGAAUAUUUUGAUAUUAUCUGGUGAUCAUCUCUAUCGAAUGGAUUAUAUGGAUUUCGUGCAGAAGCACAUUGAUUCAGGUGCUGAUAUAUCUGUCUCUUGCCUCCCUAUUGAUGACAGUCGAGCCUCCGAUUAUGGGUUGAUAAAGAUUGAUGAGACAGGACAAAUCACACAAUUUCUUGAGAAGCCCAAGGGUGAAAAUUUGAAAUCCAUGAGAGUAGAUACAACUAUUCUAGGAUUAUCAGCUCCAGAUGCAAGGAAGUUCCCAUACAUUGCAUCAAUGGGUAUAUAUUUGUUCAAGACAGAUGUUCUACUAAAACUUCUGAGGUGGCAUUAUCCAACAGCCAAUGACUUUGGAUCAGAAAUUAUUCCAAUGGCUGCAAAAGAUUAUAAUGUCCGGGCAUAUCUAUUCAAUGACUACUGGGAGGAUAUUGGAACUAUAAAAUCUUUCUUUGAUGCCAACUUGGCCCUAACAGAUCAGCCUCCCAAGUUUCACUUCUUUGAUCCGCUCAAGCCAAUCUUCACGUGCCCCCGGUUUUUACCACCAACUAAAAUAGAGAAGUGUCGGGUCAAGGAUUCCAUAAUUUCACAUGGUUGCUUUUUAAGGGAGUGCAGUGUUGAACAUUCCAUUGUAGGGAUUCGCUCAAGACUAGAAUAUGGGGUUGAGCUGAAGGAUGCCAUGAUGAUGGGUGCUGACUUUUACCAAACGGAGGCAGAGAGAGCAGCCUUUUUAGCUGAAGGAAAAGUUCCAAUAGGUGUUGGGAGAGAUACCAAAAUUAUGAAUUGCAUAAUUGACAAGAAUGCAAAAAUUGGGAAGAAUGUGAUCAUAGCAAACAAGGAUGUAAGGAUUAAUGUGCAGCUGUCUAGUAGUUUUCCACCCCAACUUUCUUUAGUUAUUCUUUGGAAGAGGAGAUGGCAUUGCACAACUAAAUAUUUUCAGUUAAAUGCAUCUUUGUUUAUAAUAUAUCUGUGACAGAUAUUGAUCUAACCAUUUCAUUUCCUUUCACUUAUGGUUUGAACUGCAGCAUGUGAAAGAGGCAGAAAGGCCAUCUGAGGGAUUCUACAUUAGAUCAGGAAUAACAGUCGUCUUGAAAAAUUCCAUAAUAAAGGACGGGACGACCAUAUAAGAUUUGUUUAUUUUAUUAAUUUAUUUUUCAUUUUUUAACAAGUGAAGGCUAAAGGGAGGAGCAUCAGAGAUACAUACUUUGUAUAUAUAGAAGAAAAACAUUGCUUUAGGUGGAAUAAGCUGCAUGGAACGAUUGAUAAUGUACUCUUUUUGGAUUGUCAGUUCACAACUUUGAAUUCAAUGUUCCAUCCAGCACAGAAUAGAGUAGCAACUUUUCUCUUCCUCUGGAUGGAAACUACUAAUAAAGUUAAUAGAUUACAUAUUUAUUGUGA